CUUUUCAUUAAUUUAUUUUUCCAACAGUUUUCGGUAAUUUAGCGUACAAUUCAAUUUUUAUCAAUAUAAUGGACGCCACAGCAGUACAUCCAAUCGAGGAGAGCCAAACACCUGACAGCAUUCGGUACAUUAAACUACUUUCUGUGCUCGACCGCUCACUCUCCUCCGUGGUCGACGCAUUCAAGCUUGAAGACCUUCAGGCUAUAUUUCCCGACCUUGCGCGCGAAAUUCCAGAGAAACUGGCAGAUACGCAUGAACAAAUUAGCACAUACCUGCGAAAUUCUGCCAAUUCGGACUUUCAGGCCAUAAUGAUGCAGUACGACAUGCCCACAAAGCUCGCAAGUCUUGACAAGUUGAUUGUUGACGCAGAUGAACGCGAGGCUACGCCAGGAUAUCAAGCCGUGCCCAGUCUUUCGCCAGAGUUAAUCAACCGCAGCCGGGCUGUGGCUAUCAAACGCAAAGAGCUUGAGAGGCUAGAAGCUAAGUUGGCCCUGCUAAGGGAAGAGAACUCUCGGAGUAUCUCUCUGGUAAACGAACAGGAGACAGCAAUUAUAACUGAGAAAAACAGACUGGCCGAAACUGUGGACUUGGUCAACAAGAUUUCGAACUGACCAACCGCAGGUAAAAUGUUGGUGUUACGUCGUGAGCACCGAGGAAGUAUCUGAACAAUUCUAAUUCGUUUCCACUU